AUGAAGCUGUCAAUGACUACGGCCUUGGGUGCCCUUUUGCUUGCCGGGCUAUCGUACGCUGCUGAUCAACUCACCGCGGACAAGAUUGCGUCGGAUAUCACUGUUGAAGGACUAAGGAAUACCCUUCAGAAGUUUGAGCAGAUUGCUCGUGAUAACAAUGGCAAUCGGGCCCACGGGACGUCUGGCUACAACGCCUCCCGAGACUUCAUCGUGGAACAUCUUGAGAAGCAGCUCGGCGACAGCUUCGACUUCUAUGUUCAGAAGUUCACUUUUGACAGGAGCCGGCUUCCGUCGUGGAAUAUCAUCGCGGAGACAAAGCUGGGAGACCCGAAUAACGUCGUUAUGCUCGGGGCGCACCUGGACGGCGUCAGGGCAGGCCCAGGUAUCAAUGACGACGGGAGCGGCUCGGCUGCCAUACUCGAGAUCGCUACCUCUCUCAAAAACUACACUGGCCUGAAGAACAAAAUUCGCUUUGGCUGGUGGGGUGCUGAAGAGCUUGGCCUAUACGGCUCCAUACACUACGUUGACAACUUGAACGAGUCGGAGAAAGCCAAGAUAAGGUUUUAUUUCAACUAUGAUAUGAUUGGCAGUAUUCGCCCAGACCUUGUUGUCUACAGUAAUAACGCAGCGCAUAUGUAUGGUGCCAAACCCCUCUUCGAGUACCUGACAGCUGCUGGCGCUUCUCCCAAAUAUGAGAGAUUUGAUGGCGGUUCAGACUAUGUUCCCUUCGUGGCGGCUGGCAUCCCCAGCAGCGGCAUCUUCACGGGGAUCGACAAUGGAGCAGACCCUUGCUACCACAGGGCUUGUGACGACCUGACCAACAUCAACUGGGACAUCUACGAGAAGAGUGCAAAGGCAGCCGCGAGCGUCUCGGCCAAGCUCGCCCUUAGCCUCGAUGGCGCUCCCCCGCGCGGCAAGCCACAGGCACAGCUCACCCAGUCUUCGGUCCGCUGGCGGCACUUGGAAUAA